GAGCCGCCGCCGAAGCCACCGCCGGGUGCCUAGCGCCGCCGCCGCCCCCGAGCUCCCCCGCGCCCCUGCCCGCGGGCGGCCGGUGGGCAGCGGGCGCCAUGGCCGCGCCGGAGCCGCUGCGGCCGCGCCUGUGCCGCUUGGUGCGCGGAGAGCAGGGCUACGGCUUCCACCUGCACGGCGAGAAGGGCCGCCGCGGGCAGUUCAUCCGGCGCGUGGAACCCGGUUCCCCCGCCGAGGCCGCCGCGCUGCGCGCUGGGGACCGCCUGGUCGAGGUCAACGGCGUCAACGUGGAGGGCGAGACGCACCACCAGGUGGUGCAAAGGAUCAAGGCUGUGGAGGGGCAGACUCGGCUGCUGGUGGUGGACCAGGAGACAGAUGAGGAGCUCCGCCGGCGGCAGCUGACCUGUACCGAGGAGAUGGCCCAGCAAGGGCUCCCACCCGCCCACGACCCCUGGGAGCCGAAGCCAGACUGGGCACACACCGGCAGCCGCAGCUCCGAAGCUGGCAAGAAGGAUGUCAGUGGGCCCCUGAGGGAGCUGCGCCCUCGGCUCUGCCACCUGCGAAAGGGACCUCAGGGCUAUGGGUUCAACCUGCAUAGUGACAAGUCCCGGCCCGGCCAGUACAUCCGCUCCGUGGACCCGGGCUCACCUGCCGCCCGCUCUGGCCUCCGCGCCCAGGACCGGCUCAUUGAGGUGAACGGGCAGAACGUGGAGGGACUGCGCCAUGCUGAGGUGGUGGCCAGCAUCAAGGCACGGGAGGACGAGGCCCGGCUGCUGGUUGUGGACCCCGAGACAGAUGAACACUUCAAGCGGCUUCGGGUCACACCCACCGAGGAGCACGUGGAAGGUCCUCUGCCGUCACCCUUCACCAAUGGAACCAGCCCUGCCCAGCUCAAUGGUGGCUCUGCGUGCUCGUCCCGAAGUGACCUGCCUGGUUCCGACAAGGACACUGAGGAGGGGCCACCGUCUGGGGUGUGGGACUAGGGCUCACUCCAGACACCCCACCCACCGUGCUCACCCCAGGAUGGCAGUGCCUGGAAGCGAGAUCCCUUCCAGGAGAGCGGCCUCCACCUGAGCCCCACGGCGGCCGAGGCCAAGGAGAAGGCUCGAGCCACGCGAGUCAACAAGCGCGCGCCACAGAUGGACUGGAACAGGAAGCGUGAAAUCUUCAGCAACUUCUGAGCCCCUUCCUGCCUGUCUCGGGGCCCUGGGACUCCUCCCGCACGGACCUUGGGCCUCAGCCUGCCCCGAGCUCCCCCAGCCUCAGUGGACUGGAGGGUGGUCCUGCCAUUGCCCAGAAAUCAGCCCCAGCCCCGGUGAGCCCCCAUCCUGCCCCUGCCCACCAGGUACUGGGGGCCUGUGGCAGCAAGAUAGGGGGAGAGAGACCCAGAGAUGUGAGAGAGAGACAGAGACAGAGAGAGAGAGAGAGACACAGAGAGAGAGACAGAGAGAGCGAGCGCGCGGCAGCCGCGGGGUGAGGGCCUUUGCUGCUCUGCCGGGGCCUGCUGACUGAAAGGAAUUUGUGUUUUUGCUUUUUUUCCAAAAAGAUCUCCAGCUCCACACAUGUUUCCACUUAAUACCAGAGGCCCCCCCCCUUCCCCUCCCCCUUCCCCUCCCCUUGGGACAGCUCUAAAUAAUUGCAAUAAAACAAACCUUUCUCUGCAAACCAUUUCCUCCCCGCCCCCUCCCCUCAGCAGCGGCCGUCCUGAGUGGGAGUCCCUGGGACUUCCCAGUGGCCAAGCUGGGGCGCCCAGCCUGUUCGUGGGGACCUCGGGUAAGGCCAGGGAGGCCUGAUGUGGCCGUAGGAGCUGCCCCUCCCCACCUGCCCUGGUGUGGGGGUCCCUAGGCCACGCCCUGCUCCCCACCCAGCUACCCUGUGCGCCUGUGCCCUGCUGGGGGCCUGGGCUCUCCGAGGGGCCUGAGGAUGGAGGCCCCACGUCCCCGAGGAGGGCAGCCUCUGGACAGGCCCCUCAUUCCGCGCGGCAGCUCCCAGGCCUGGGGAACGUAGGUGUGUGAGAGCGGCACCCGGGAAGGAUGCCUGGCCUCUGGCUCAGCCCUGCUUGGCGGGCUCCCCCGUGGACACCCUGUUGACUUUGCACUUCCCUCCCGGGCCCCGCACCCCUGAACCGACCACCGAUCGACCAGCACCGCUGUUGCCUCGUAAGCCAUAGCGCAUGCGCGCUCUCAGAAUAAACAGGCCCUGCCUGGGA